AUAGUAGUUUUCCUACGGUACUCAUUACAAUUUUAAAUCUAACUUAUAUCCAGUUUGCAUAUUUAAAUUUUUUUAAAUCUUGUAUCUAACGGUACCCAAGAGAUAUUCAUUCACCUUUCAUUAAACCGUAAACCCGCCUCAUAAAAGCUAAUAACGCGAAUACGUCUUUUAUUUAUUUACCAAAAGGCCCCACUCCACCGCCAUUGAACAGUCGCAGCGAACGUCUUUUAAGAAGAGUAAUUUUUCAAUUAGUUUUCGCAACUAUAUUCGCAUUAGCUCGUUUUCUAAAUCCGUUGUUAUACAUGGCCUUAUGCAGCAUUUUUUUUUGAUAUGUGUCUCUUUUUUUUCGGGUAACUUGUUAGCGGAAAUUGUACACCUUUGGAAUUUGAUAAACGGUUCGGGCUGUAAAUCAAACGGGUUUUCCGGUUCGCACGGUCGGAUACAAUAAACAAUCAUUUUUUAUUCGAGACGAUUUCGCAUUUAAAUCAAGCUCUAGUGGUUUUCGCCAUAAAAAAUCAACGAGCCUGUGUUUGUGUAUGUUUAGAGCGUUUAGUGCUCCGUUGCUUAUAAGUAUGACGCUUGUUGUGCCUAUAUUUCCAGUACUACCGAGUUUCGGUUAAUGAUAAAUGGUCUCUUCUUCAGAUGAACGCGUUCAAACGAUCAGAAUGGAUAACCUGGGCUUCCAGGACCAUAACCACCAUACCGAAUCCAAAAGAUUGGGGAGAUCAGUUAGUGUUAAUGCAGAUGUGGAGAGCCAUGCCCUUUAUAUGACUCCUAAUAGUCAUACUGUGCCUAAAUGGACCGGCAGAAACAGCCACAGGGACCCAAUGGUUAUGCUAGAAGAGAUGUACCCGUCUGACGAAUACGAUUAUGAGUAUAUGGAGUGCGGUCCAAGUCCCCCAGCGGACCACAUACAUAACCCUUACUAUGAAAGUAUGGAAAAGGUUCCCACACACGAUUUAAGUGUUCAAAUUUGCCACGAUACUAUUAGGAAUAAUUUGAUCGAGCAUAUGAAAGCUACCUCUGGGAAGCAUCAUUACUUUGAGGAUAUAGAGAGCAAAAAAAUAGUGCAAGAAAAUCUGGAAGAGUCUUUUAAAGGCGCCAACAAAUUCGAGAUCAGUAUCUGUUUCUUGUGGGCAGCUUUUUUAAAAAGAUGGGAUCUACUUGACGGACUGCUAAAACUCGGAGCUCAAUUAAAAUAUGCAUACUUCUCCAGAUAUUACGAACCCAAUCAAGGACUGAGCGCUUUGCAUCUGACGGCCUUCAGUAGCUGUAUACCGGGCACUCAGUAUUUGAUCGAGAAAAAAAGCGAUGUUAAUUCCAUUUUUAAGUGGUACAGCCCUCUACAUUGCGCCGCGUUUGGCGACAGUCCCGAAACAGCCAUGAUUUUGCUAACCAACGGGGCCAGGGUACAGGCACGUACCAACAGUCCCACAUGCUGCAAUGAGAGUGCUCUACAUUGUGCUGUAAGAGCCAACGCUGUAGCUUGUGUCAGGCUGUUUACUGUCGAAGGUGCUGACGUUGGCGAGGUAGAAUUCUCAGGUAUGUCCCCAAUACACUUAGCGGCAGAGCUAGGACACGCGCAAUGCCUAAAAAUCAUGCUAGAAACGAAAGGGGUAAACGUAAACGCCCGCACUAAAGAAAAAGAUCAGACUCCGCUACAUUUGGCGGCUGAAGGGGGCAACGCGGAAUGCAUUGACGUUCUGCUUAAUAAAGGAGCCGAUGCCAAUGUAAAAAAUUACAGACUGCAGACGCCUUUGUAUUUGGCAGCCAGAGCGCAAUCUUACGAGAGUGUCGAGCUGCUUUUGGAAAAAGGAAAAGCAGACCCGAACGUCCCUGAUUGUGAUAAAAGAAUUUCUUUGCACGCGGCUGUUGGAAAAACCGCUAGGUCUAAUGAUAUAAUUGAAUUGCUUGUCUGCCAUAAAGCGGACGUAAAUGCGAAAGAUCAAUUCGGUUACACCCCAUUGCACAUGGCUGCCUUAAACGAACUCUCCCAUUGUGUGGAAAUGUUGCUUUAUCAUGGCGCAGACGUCACAGCAAAAUCGAAAUACGGCAACACGGCUCUGGGUAUUAUAAUCAGGAAAACUCCGGCUUCUUUGGCGAUGGUGCGUCAAAAGCUUGACCAAGCUAUAACGUUACACAGACACCCGGAGUCAUCUAACAGAGAGGUCGAACUGAAGCUGGACUUCAGAAGCAUUUUGCAACAUUGCCAUCCAAGGGAAAUCAGUUUUCUUAAUACGUUCGUAGAUGAAGGGCAGAAAGAGAUUUUACUGCAUCCCUUAUGUUCAGCCUUUCUUUACCUAAAGUGGGAGAAAAUCCGAAAGUAUUACAUCGCUCGUAUGCUCUUCUGCUUCAUUUUUGUACUCAGUUUGUCCCUUUAUGUUUUAACUGCCCUGGCACAUAACUGUUAUAAUCAUGGUAAAAAUAUGAACGACACCCAGCCACAAAACGUCAUCGAAUUGUGCGAAAAAAAAUCUAUGAUGGGACAUAUGUUAAGGAACAAUCCGUUUGUGAUUGAGAUGCAAUGGUUUGCUUUGGUGGGUAUUACUUGUUGUGAGAUCUUGCGGAAAGUAUAUGGAAUCGCCGGGUAUCCGAGUGUGCGGCAAUAUUUGUCACAUCCGGAAAACAUCAUAGAAUGGGCCGUAAUUAUUAGCGUUUUUGUCAUCUCCUUCGUGUAUACGGGCCGAACUUAUACGUGGCAAAACCACGUCGGUGCAUUCGCGGUUCUUUUUGGCUGGACCAAUUUAAUGCUUAUGGUAGGUCAAUUGCCGGUCUUUGGACCUUAUGUAGCGAUGUACACCAGGGUGCAAAAAGAGUUCGCCAAGUUGCUAUUAGCUUAUUCCUGCCUGCUGAUUGGAUUCACGAUAAGUUUCUGUGUUAUUUUCCCGGAUUCUUCUAGUUUCGCAAAUCCAUUUAUUGGUCUUAUUACGGUGUUGGUGAUGAUGACCGGAGAGUUAAGUCUCGAGUUGGUGGCGGACGACAAUCCCGAAGAUCCGCCCUUUCUGCUUGAAAUCAGCGCCCAAGUCACUUACGUGCUUUUUCUUUUAUUUGUCACCGUUAUUUUAAUGAAUCUUCUUGUGGGCAUAGCGGUUCAUGAUAUACAAGGUCUACAGAAAACCGCUGGACUUUCGAAACUCGUAAGGCAAACCAAGUUGAUCUCCUACAUAGAGCUCGCGCUUUUUAACGGUUAUCUUCCGCGUUACUUGUUAAAUUUGUUACAUUGGACGGCAUUGGUUUCGCCCAAAGCCUAUCGGGUUGUUUUGAACGUGAAACCUUUGAAUCCCGGCGAAAAACGGCUGCCCAAAGAUAUUCUUGAGGCCGCAUACGAAAUCGCAAAGAAAGGAACGGUUUAUGGGUCGAGCAACAAACAAGAUAGUAAAAUGAACAAUAAUAACGUGAUGGAAGAUUUAAGUGGCAUGUAUGACUUUGCCAAUAAUGGUCAGUCUAGUAAUACGUCGCAUCUUAAAAGCGAUAGGAAUGUUGAUAUUGAGGAAGCUCUAUUGGCAGUUGUCAAGGAGCUUAGAGAUUUAAAAAGUAUUCUGAACAAACGGAUAGGAGAGCAAAAUAGUGUAAAAAAUAAGAAAAAUUCUGUUAGGCAUAAUCACAGUUAAAGAGCGGUUGAUUUUCUCCAAAUUUGGAUAAAAUAUUAAAUAAAGUUUUGUGAAUGAUGCACAGCAAUUAUAUAGUGAUGUUAGCUACUUUAUCCAUCAGCGCAUCUUCUCUAUUGUUUUUGCAUUCUGAUUAAAUCGUUGUUUUUCAAUAUUAACUCAACUUAUUUUAACUUCUGAAUAAGAACAUUGAAAGAUUUGCUUACACCUCUUUAACUUUAGGCAAUCACGAAAUUUAUUAACAUUCCUGUACUUAUAAAUCAAAAUGCAAAUCGCGUUUCUAGUUUCGUUCCAUUUAUUUUUCACAUGAAUUUUAACUUAUAUCAAGAAUAUCGAGAAGUGCCUUAAGAAAGCAAAGUGCAACCUAUUUAAUUUUUUUUAGAACGCACUGCUUGAAUUAUAAUAAUGUGCCUGAACAUUAAAUAACAUUACCUAUAACGCCUUUAACAAUCUAUACGCCAUUUUUUAAUAUGUGAUAUUAGUCAUUUAGAGGUUGUGAACUUCCAAAAUACAUGUAACCCUAUUUUAUACCAUUUAAAAGCAAGUUUUAAUGUAGUCUGUUUUACUUAAGUAUACCUACCAUGGAUUAAUGCAAUCAAUAAAAAAAUAUUUCUGUA